AGCGCAAGAGUAAAGCACGAGGGAGGUGCUAAUAAUCGGCUCAGUCAUUUUUAAUGAUCGUUGAAAACCCAGAUCGUAAUCUAGAUUAAAAUUCGAUUAAUUGAGCAGCCCUACUUAGAGCUGUAUAAUAACCUCAAAAUAUACUUUUCCUUAAUAUGACCUUAAUAUAUUCACGUCAGGCUCACAGCUCUGACUUGGCACAAUAGCCCCACCGAAAAGCAGCAGCCAAUCAGAAGGAGGUCAGCCUAAUGGGAAUCCUACACUAGAAACAAGCAUUUAAGAUGAUCACUUAAAGGUCCUCAUCCUCCUCGUCUUUGCACAAGCACAUUGCUACAUUUCUUGUCACGUUGCCACUGCCAGUUGUCACAGCUGUAGUAGCAGGUUGUACGCAUUGUUUCACAAAGAUAAAGAGGCCCAGACAUGAAGGUUACCGGUGCUCAAAAACUCUACAGAACAAAUUUAGCAGCAUUUCUGAUUAUUCUCCCUCCUGCAGUAAUGCACAAGGGGGAGCAUCUCUGCUCUUUAUUUGCAUACAUAUCAAGAAGCCCCCCCACCGGCAGAAAACCCACCAGUUAUGAUGAACAUGACAUUAAGUCAGCAGUGACAUAAAUGGGAGAGGUGGAAUGGAGGUGGUUUGCAAAGCAGCUUGCAGGUAUAAAACAGUUGGAUGACUCGUGCUGCUUAAAAUGCAGGUCCAGUUUGAGUUUAGCCAAUCGGAUGUGCAGAAGGGCAUGAGAUGAAUCUGCAUCCUCAUUCGCUACAUAUGCAACUAUAAAUAGUACCAUCUCCUCUCUGGUCAGGCCUUGUGCUCUUCAUUGAAACCCUGACCCCACAGCACACACACACACUGACACAGCUGUAGCUUAGAUGUCUCUAAAAUACCAGCUUUUGUCAUUUCCUAAAUACUAAAUUUACAUUCAUGAGACCAUGAACGACUUGAUUCAGGUUUGUGCUUCCCUGACUUGGUGAUUAUACCGUACACUGAAGUUAGUUUAAUUACUUUUCCACAUUAUUAAAACCACACGUUAUCUUGAUAUGAUCAACUUCCUGUGAUUCUGUAUAUAUUUUUUAUCAAUUCUAUCCCAUGUGCCCUUUGUCUGUACUCUACUGUGAAUCGCAUAUAUGACCACUGUCCUGCAUGACAGACAUCAUGUUCCUGAGAAUGACACCUCAAAUGUGAGACUGGGAUUUUGGUGCAGACUACUCAACCGAGUGGUCCUAUAUGAAACAAAGGUGUAGCAUUAGAGGAAACAUGUUGCAUUGCACUGAGUGUUGUGUGAUGUGUUUCAUUGUGCCGCUUUGUAGCUGCGGUGUUCAGCAUUCCUCUAUCACUUUUAUUUUGGAAGCCCCUUCCCUUGUUUUUUUGUUCUUUUUUUUGUUACACCUUUUUGCAUUCGUGUCAGAUCUCUCCUCCUUCCUGGCCCCUUGUUGUACCACCCGUACUGUUUGAUGCAUGCAUCUAUAACGGAUGCACCAAGUGAUCUUGACUGUCCCACAGGAGAUUGGAAGAGAUAUGAAGUGGAUGAAGCUCACAGAUGGCAAAAACACUCACAGGAAGACAACCAGAACCAGAACCACACUGCUGCAGCUCCCAUAGCGAAUGGUCACUACUUGGCAAUGGUCCCGGGCAACAGGAGGCCUAUUGAUCCGACUCUUGCCGCCCAUUUCGCCAAAAUUGCUCCCCCUCCAUCUUUGACCAGUGCCGCCGCUGACAGUCGCACUGGCGGAGAACAGCUGAAGAGGCUGGAGCAACACCAGGAAAAGCUGAGAGAGAUGCAGCAGCGCCAGGCGCAGGAGAGGCAGAAGAGGCAGUGGCUGGAGGAAGAGCGUCUGAGGCUGGAGCAACAGAAGCAGCUGGAGAAGCAGCGCAGGGAGCUCCUCCAGCUGCAGCUGCAGCAGCAACAGCAGGAGCACCGCCACCGUAGGCAGGUCCUGCAGUGGCAGCUGGAGCUGGAGCAGCAGUACCGCAUGCAGCAGAAACAGAUCCAGCAGCAACAGCAGCUCAGGAGGAGCCCAACCGGAGUGAUGCUCUCCCCUUCCUCGGGGCUCUGUACCAUCUAUGAAGCCAUGGAAACUAGUGACGAAGAGGACGAGGCCAGAGGGGAGGCGGGAAGGAGGGGGCGGUCCCCCCACCGGCAGCAGCAGCUGCGCCCGGUGCCCCCACAGGAACUGGAAUGGAAUAAGAAGGUGGACAUGGUCCAGCAGCUCAUCAACCAGACCUUGGUGCUGUCUGGUGAUACAGACUGCCCUCCGCUCCUCCUCCUCCCUGUGGGGACCGGGGGAACCCUAAGCCCAAUGGAGAGCAGCAUGUGGCCCAGUUUGUUUCCCCAGUUCAGCCCUCCUACCGCUACAGUCACAUCUGUCAGCAGCUACUCCCCAGACAGCCAGGGCAGCUCCCCAAUCAGUGACUGGACCGUGGUCGAGGUGGAGACCCAUCACUGAACAAGGGAGGCGGAGAAGCACAUCAAUGAACUGGUGCGAGGAACAGUUUCACAUAUUUACGAAUAUCUGUUUUUAAUUUUUGGCACGGGGUUAGGUGAGAAGAUUGAUACCACUCUCACUGCUGUUCAGCUCAGUCGAACCACAGAUAUUAUAAGAAAUUGAAAUCUACUGGCAAAGAUGGAGGGAAAUGUAUCCAAAUAAGCUCACAAAUAAAUCUGUAUGGAAGCAAAGCACAAAGACGACAACUGACCUUUAUUUGAUGGGGUUAAACGGUCCCCUCCUGUGUGAUGAACUGCUGACACCAGGAUUUGGUGUGGAUUUCUGGAGGCUCUGAGUUCAUGUGAUGAGGUUCACCGAUGGGAGGGGCUUGGAAUAGAAAUAGGAGAGCUGCAGAAAGCAUUUUCUAGAUACAGCCACACACCAGAGCCAAAAGGAUGAUAUUGAUCUACUCGUCUAAUGCUGUGCCAAAAUCUCACGCUGUUAUUCAUGAGCAGCAUGCAUCAUACGACUGAACUCUCACAGAUCUGAUCUGCUUGUUUUAAUGUGCCAUCGUUACUGAAGCCAUACAAGAAUUUUACGGAUAAGCCGGAUACUUGAUUUAACCAUAAGACCAUACCAACUUGGCUUUCAACAGAUUUCAUUACUUGUAGUAGAACAUAUUCACUGUAGAUGACCCCGUGUAAUUGAUUACUGUAACCCAGACAUGCAUACUGUCAUACUGUCGCCUCACAUUAGAGCAUGUUCUCCUUACCAGAAGCACUUAACAUCUGUCCUCAGCUGUCUUACUCUGAAAUGCACUGGAACUACUUUAGCCCUGUUGUCUCUUGUGUCGUGUGGGGGCAGCGCUCCACUUUGUUGUCUCUUUUGUAUCCAGACCAAACACUGGUCGCUCUCUCAAACGAGAGACUGAGCUAUGACAAAUUGCACUGAUUUCUACCGUUGUUUAUUUGCUGUUAUGGUCUUUGCCAAAGUAUUUAUACAGGUAAGUAGUGUUGUGUUACACAGCCAGUACUGCUGAUAGAUGAAUAUUUUUUGUGGGCUUUUACAUCCCCCCAAAUCUGCUUGGUGAAAUACCUAAAUCGGUGUAUUGUGUCCUCCCACAAACCCAGUCUCUGGUCAGUGUUACUGUGUUACUGUGACUAUACUGGACAAGCAGGUUUUCAUGGACUUAAUAGAGCUGUCAGUCACGGAGGAAGAGGGAGGCGUUAAGGAGAAGAAGGGCGCUCCUUGUUCUGCUGUGAGGGGUGAGGGAAGGCGUACAAGGGUGCAAGGCUGGUUGGCGGGGGGGAGAGUUGUCCUCCCUCACACAUUCCAAAGUUAUAACCUCAUUUCCUGGGUCGCCCAGUAUUCAGGGAGUCUCCGAGGUUACAGAUGACAUCAUGGUGGGGGGAGAAGAAGAGGAGGUGCGGAGAUGAGACAAUGCACCCACUCUGUAUAGGCCCCCGACUGAGGCUGUGGGGAUUGGAGGGCAGUCCAAGUACCAACCUAUAUAUUUCUUUUAUUAAGUAUAUUAAUAUAGUCUGUUAAGAGUUUCUAUAUAUUUCCCUUUGUUAUCAUAUUUUUUAAAAGAGGUGUUUACGUGUAUCAGUCAGGUAAUGAGAACAUAGCAGGCUGUCUGAUAUUUAAAUGUGUUGAGUGAAGAGAAAAAAAGCACCUGUGUUUCUCUUUGUGUCUGCACAAGGUAGGUGACGUCUGUCUGGGAUGAUCGAAGUGAAGAAACACCGCCACCUGUUGGCAGCACGUGUGACACACUGACCUAUUCUUCCACUUACACAGCCUGUGAAUCUCUUGCAGUGAAAUCAUUUAAUCUGAGUUAUACAUAUAUAUAUGUUAGCUAAUAGGCCUUUCCUUUAUCUACUGCUACUGUAAGCAAAGUGCCCGUUUAUAUGAGUCUGAAGUAUCCUAAAUGAAUAUUUUAAAAAACAGAUUAUAUUUCAAAGUGCAUACAGAAUAUAGUUUUCCAAAAAUAUUUGUACUACAGCUGGAUUAUGCAUGCGUUAUGUGGCCUCUGCUGUUGUAUGCUGCUCUCUAUCAUAUCAUUAAGAGUUUGUUUUUUCUGAAAAGAUCAACAUACAAGCAUAACUAGUGCAUGUGUUAUUAGAGUAGACUUAUAUGUGCACCUUUAUUGUCAAAGUACAGUCUACUCUGCCUCAAGACACUUUACACAGAUAUUUUUGUGUACCUUUGCUAUUGAAUUUCUUAUGAAUCUAUACAAAAUCGCUGUUUACAUUCUCAGUACUUUGAUAUUAAGUGUGCGAGUGAUCGUCAUCCUCUUCUUUAGUACUGGAGAAGCUUUCUUUGUUGUUGUGCCAGUGUUCCAGAUCAUUUUAAAGUAUAAAAUGUCAAAAUGUUUAUGCUUUCAAUAUUAAAUAAAACUGCUUUAAAUCA